AUGCCAGCUGCGUCGUCUAUUUACUGGAACUCUAUUGAUUCUCAAAGAUCAUCGAGUUCUGGAGACGCUAGUAAUGCAAGGCAGUACGUCGAUCCUUGGGAUCUUGAAAAUUAUGCUUAUUUGAGAAGACACAGUGUCACUGCUCCGACACAUAAAUAUCAAGUUCCUCAGACUUCUUAUAGUCGCGUGUCACAGCGCCGGGAACCUGAACAUGAAUAUUGGUAUACAAGAGAAUCGUCACGUGAACCAGGAUAUCAUCCUCCAGGAUUGGUUGAAGAUAUAUAUUUUGGUCAAACAAAGCAGUUGAGUAAUUCCCAUUACCAACCGAUUUAUGAAGAUGAUGCACGUUAUGCAGCUCCAGUGUACGCACCGCUCACCGACCUCGAGCAAGCAAAACAAUUCGAGGAUCGACGGCUGAAGGAGGUGUUGAGACGCAGAAAACUUUCACGUACUAGUAUACAUGGAAGGCAAGUCAAUUGUGAUUUUAUUGUUGUGAAGAAUUCUUCAUUGAUUUAUUUUGUUGUUCUUGAUUUCAGAGAAGAAUAUAUUUAUCACAGCACGUCAAACCGACGUGAUUCUGUAGAUAUAAAACCCAAGCCAGCGGCGCGCUCCGAAGAAAAUUGCUAUUUCGAAGUUAUUCAACCGUCUAACAUCGGACUCAGCAAUUACGGGCACCUGAAAAUUGAUUAUACUAACAGUUGGAACUCAUUACAUCGCAAGAUGACUAAAUAA